AUGGGAAAACACGGCGGUGUAAAGACCAGAACCGCCGUAUGUUUUUCAGACAGUGUUAUCUUCCUCGCCGGAGCUUUCAUGUCUCUAAUUCUCGUUUGGUCUUACUUUUCAAUUUUUUCAUCUUCUUCAAAUUUCACCCUUCUCACCGGUUUACGACGAAACAUCAACGAACCAACUCAAUGCUCCGGUUUAAGCAUGCAAUUCGACCCACCCGAACCCGGAUUUUACGACGAUCCGGAUCUAAGCUACACAAUCGAGAAACCAAUCACAAAUUGGGACGAGAAAAGGAAACAAUGGCUUGAAUCUCACCCUUCUUUCAAACCCGGUUCAGAUAACCGGAUCGUGAUGGUAACCGGUUCUCAAUCCUCGCCGUGUAAAAACCCAAUCGGAGACCAUUUAUUACUCCGGUGCUUCAAAAACAAAGUCGAUUACUGUCGAAUUCACGGUCACGACAUCUUCUACAGUGAUUCUCUUCUUCAUCCGAAGAUGAAUUCGUAUUGGGCUAAACUUCCGGUGGUUAAAUCGGCGAUGAUUGCUCAUCCGGAGGCGGAAUGGAUUUGGUGGGUUGAUUCCGACGCGAUUUUCACCGAUAUGGAGUUUACUCCGCCGCUUGAACGUUACCGGAAUCAUAAUCUGGUGGUUCAUGGUUGGCCCGGAGUUAUAUACAAUGAUCGGAGUUGGACGGCGUUAAACGCCGGAGUUUUUCUGAUUAGAAAUUGUCAAUGGUCAAUGGAUUUGAUUGACACGUGGAAGAACAUGGGACCUGUGGGGCCUGAUUACGCGAAAUGGGGUGAGAUCCAACGGUCGAUAUUUAAAGAUAAGUUGUUUCCAGAGUCAGACGAUCAAACGGCUCUGAUUUAUUUGCUUUAUAAACAUAAAGAGUUGUAUUAUCCUAAGAUAUACCUCGAAGCAGAGUAUUAUUUCCAAGGGUAUUGGAUUGGUGUCGUUGGGGGUUUUGCUAAUGUAACGGAUCGGUAUCUUGAGAUGGAACGAGAAGACGCCACGUUGCGUAGACGUCACGCGGAGAAAGUUAGUGAACGAUACGGUGCGUUUAGAGAAGAGCGGUUUUUGAAACGCGAGUUUGGAGGGAGUCGUAGAAGAGCGUUUGUGACGCAUUUUACGGGGUGUCAACCUUGUAGUGGGGACCACAAUCCGAUUUACGAUGGUGACACGUGUUGGAAUGAGAUGAUCAGAGCCCUUAAUUUUGCUGAUAAUCAGGUGAUGCGAGUGUACGGUUACGUUCAUUCUGAUUUGAGUAAGACUUCUCCGCUUGUACCUCUACCGUUCGAUUAUCCUGAUGAGCCUUGGUGA